AUGCACGGAUUCACACAUUUCUUUCACAAGCAACGUUCCCGCCAGACAACGCCGACGCUAGAAGAAGAUAAUGGUGACAUUUGGCAUACCGGUGUAAACAAUAUAGAGACGCCGCCUGGAAGAAGCAGUGCGAUCCCAAUUGAACGACGCAGCUCUUGCGCACACCGAAGCCGUACCGAUCGGUACGUAACGGGUAGAUCAUACGAAAACUCAUACAGGGACAGCAGACACCACAGUAUCUCACCUGGUUACCGCGAUGACGAUUACCAUAGACGCAGUAGCAUCUCACCCAACUACCACUUUCCUUAUGCUGAGCACAGGCGGAGGCACGAGGAAGAGAGAUAUUCAACCAGCCUCCAGAACCCGACGUAUAGUGAAGAUCAUUAUCGCAUAUCACCGUCGUAUCGUCAUCAGCACCAUUUCGUUUCCCCACUUUUCGAUGAUGCCGUGGACGAGGCCCAAGAGAGCGAGUUUGAAAAGUGCGAACGCUACGGUGAAAUAAGCAAUCCGAGAUUGAGUUCCCGAAGUAGAUUCGAUCCUAAAAACAUCGCCAAGAAACUGACUGACAGUUUUAGCCGUGGGCACAGUAGGGAGGCUUCGGAGAGACGCGGGUCAAGUUCCACCGGUAGCGGACAUAGCUACAAAAGUUCCAUUCAAGAUUUAAUCCGCACGUUUUCCAAAAAGAUCGGUCACUGGCGCCAUGAUUCGGGUGAAGGUCGACGGGGUUCCUGUGCUGUUCCCAUCACCGUCACGGAACCCCCCGUCCAGCCAGCGAGAUCUCGGUCCAAAUCACUGGAUGUCGAGAACAUAUACUCAUGUCACACCAACUCCAUUUUAGACGAUUGCGGCGCCACCUACGCGAUCUUUGAUGCCAUCUUAAAGGAAGGUGCCCAUCUACGCCGCACAACGUCCCAGGAAGCUGAGAAACGGCGUUCGUCCCUCGGGAACGUGCAUCCCGCGCGACACCGGGCGUCCGACGCGUCCUUGGACCCACAUCACGCUGCUAUAUUGUUCCGCAAUGCCAGAGGGUUGCCCGUCGUGGAUCCCUUCCUGCAAAAAGUUAAUCUCUCCGAUCUAGAGGAGGACGAGUCGCAGAUUUUCGUGAAAUUCUUCAAGUUUCAUAAGUGCUACGAUCUCAUACCCACUUCUGCGAAGCUGGUCAUCUUCGACACGCAGCUGCUUGUAAAGAAAGCUUUCUUCGCGCUUGUUUACAACGGAGUCCGCGCUGCGCCGUUAUGGGACUCGCAGAGGCAGCAGUACGUGGGCAUGCUCACGAUUACCGACUUCAUAAAGAUCCUUCAAAUGUACUAUACCAGUGCAGAUGUCACUAUGGACGAGCUAGAAGAACAUCGGCUCGAGACAUGGCGACAUGUCCUCAAAGGGUCUGUGGUACCCCUGGUCUCCAUCGGGCCGGAUUCGUCCCUCUAUGACGCCAUAAAGAUACUCAUCAGAAACAGGAUACAUCGGUUGCCAGUUAUCGACCCGGAUACUGGAAAUGUACUAUACAUACUUACCCAUAAGAGAAUACUUAGAUUUCUCUUUUUAUAUAUCAAUGAGCUCCCGAAGCCAAAAUACCUGCAAAAGAAACUCCGCGACCUGAAUAUUGGAACCCUCAAUAACAUAGAGACUGCAACAGAGGACACCUCGAUUAUAGAAGCGCUGAGGAAGUUUGUUAAUCGGCGAGUGUCGGCGUUGCCCAUUAUAGACGCUGAAGGUCGUCUCAAGGACAUCUAUGCUAAAUUCGAUGUCAUCAAUUUAGCUGCAGAGAAAACAUAUAAUAACCUGGACGUGACUUUGAAAAAAGCAAACGAACACCGCAAUGAGUGGUUCGAAGGUGUUCAAAAGUGCAACCUAGAUGAGACGCUAUUCGACGUUAUGGAGAGAAUUGUCCGUGCUGAGGUCCAUCGUCUGGUCGUCGUGAAUGAAGAAGACAAAGUGACCGGCAUUAUAUCUUUAUCGGAUCUACUAAUGUAUCUCGUUCUACGGCCGACCGGCGAGUGCGAAGGCGCCAGUCUACGCAAUGAGCACGGCCCGAUCAUAGAAAAGGACGAAAAUAUUGAAGUCAAACCGCGAGAAGAGGACAGCGCUACUUCACCUGACCCGAACAAAGAUCAGAACUCAAUUGACGAACAAACUGAGGGAGACAGUUAA